UUGGGGCUGGCAGGGGCGGGGCCUGCCAUUCUCAGGGUGGUGGGCGGGCCUCCGGGGAUGCUUUGCUUCCUGCCCCCGGCCCGAAGUGCCACCGUGGCGUUGGUGGAGGUCUGCAGACUGAACACUUUUGGCCCCGACAUGCUCGAAUUUGCAACCUGUAAUCCGGACCCCAGAGACGCCCUACCGGGAGUCACCCGUCGGCCUCGCUGCGGUCGCUUGUCACUUCCGACCUCUAAUCACCAGGCUCCUCCGCGGGUUCAAGCACCUGCCCUAUAGUGGGAGGGAGAUAGCCAGAUGUGGAUGGCAGCUGGAAACGCUUAUAGUCUAGUCUGCGCCCCGGUGGAGAGACUGGGAUUGGAAAUCACAGCUGUUAAGGGCCUGCUCCAAGGCACUAGUCCCCAAGACCAGCUUAAUCAAUUACCAACUGGCAUAAACCCCAGGGAGUCACCAGGCCUUUUUGUUGGGGCUUCUCCUUGGUUCCAGGGUAGCAGAGGAAAGGGUGCCACCUACGCGCUGAUGCCCCGAGUGUUCACAGGGCUUCCAGCUAACCAUGCUGCACCUACCUUGGCGCUGCCCUUGCUACUCUUAUUGCUGAUGGUGCGGACCCAGGGACCCGUUAGCGCGAGGCCGUCCGCAGGCCCCGAUUACCUGCGGCGAGGCUGGCUGCGGCUGCUAGCCGAGGGCGAGGGUUGUGCUUCCUGCCGGCCAGAAGAGUGCGCUGCGCCGCGGGGCUGCCUAGCAGGCCGGGUGCGGGAUGCGUGCGGCUGCUGCUGGGAAUGCGCCAACCUGGAGGGCCAGCUCUGCGACCUGGACCCCAGCGCUAACUUCUACGGGCGCUGCGGCGAGCAGCUCGAGUGCAGGCUGGACGCGGGCGGUGACCUGAGCCGAGGAGAGGUGCCGGAGCCGCUGUGUGUCUGCCGCUCGCAGCGCCCGCUGUGUGGUUCGGACGGCCGUACCUACGCGCACAUCUGCCGCCUGCAGGAGGCCUCGCGCGCUCGCCCGGACGCUAACCUCACUGUGGUGCAUCCGGGGCCCUGCGAAUCGGAGCCCCAGAUCCUGUCGCAGCCUCACAAUAUUUGGAAUGUGACUGGACAGGAUGUGAUCUUUGGCUGUGAGGUAUUUGCCUACCCCAUGGCCUCGAUUGAGUGGAGGAAAGACGGCUUGGACACCCAGCUGCCGGGGGAUGACCCCCAUAUCUCUGUGCAGUUUAGGGGUGGACCUCAGAAGUUUGAGGUGACUGGCUGGCUACAGAUCCAGGCUUUGCGGCCUAGUGAUGAGGGCACCUAUCGCUGCCUUGCCCGGAAUGCUUUGGGCCAAGUUGAAGCCUCUGCUACCCUUACAGUGUUCACACUAGACCAGCUGAACGCCACAGGAUUCUCCCAGCUGCAAUCACGGAGUUUGGUUCCUGAGAAGGAGGAGGACAGUGAAGAGUGGGAGGAUGACUACUAGUUCCAGAUCUCUGGUUUUCGGGUGUGGGCGUGUGGAUAUAGCACUGUACCUCUGCUGUUGAGAAAGCCCGGAGAAGACUGGAAAGGUCAAGCAGGGUCCUUUCAUGGAUUGUUUAAUGCUCGUUGUGGACUCAGUUCACCUUUCCUCAAAACUCAUCUUCCAGAAGUUUCUGUGGUAGAGAUGAGUGAAGCGGAACUGAUUUAGUUCGGUAUAGGGAGGGGGGUGGGGCAGCUUCAUGUCUUAUACACUCUAGGGGACAAAACCCACCUAGCAUACAACUAGACACAGUGGGCACCAAUAAAAAAUUAUGAACAAACCGA